AUGACCGACAAGCAUCCAAUAUUUGGUGUCAGCACUGAAAAUCCUCAAGAGCCUCGGCCGCUAGCAAUACCUACGUACAAGACGAAGUUGACUACACUACACAAUAGCACGGACGUCAAGAUUCCACUUCACGAGACUCCGGGCUCGUUCCGGGCUCGCCCUCGGUUCCCCACCCACAAGACCAAUUCCAGUCUUGUCCGCAGAAUCUAA